CGGGUUACACGGCGUAAAUUUAGCACCCUGACGGCGUGCAAUCUAUCCAAUCAUUCACUCAUUCGUAUCCAAGGAGAGGGAAACGAAACGAUAAAAAAAAAUCAAAUUUCAGCAAGUCAAUUCCUAUCUGUAAUAAAUAAUCCUUCACCCAAAUCUAGAGAGAUAGAGAGAAAGUAGGCAAGAAAGACGGUCAGUGAGACUGAAGAUCACUCACUUUCACACCCUCCUCGGGGAUCUCAUCGGCUGCUGAUCUUUCCUUCCCCGCCGUUUUGCAGGUUUGUUGUUAUCAUUGAUGUGCAAUGGGUGCUUCAGGGAGAUGGAUUAAAGCAUUGGUUGGUUUCACCAAGUCAAAGUCUUCAAAGAAGGAUGAUAAUGUGAAGAUUGCUACCAAGAGCCGGUUUGGGAGGAAGCAUUCAGUUGAUUUUGAUGCUGACAAGUUCCAAGAUGGACUUGAUGAUUCAAAUGUGCAUAGUGUGAUAGAUGCUGGAGUCUCUACUUCAACUUCAUUACAGUCAUAUGGUGCAGCUUAUGAAGAACAAAGGAAGGAACAUCUGGCUGCAACGCGCAUCCAAACUGCUUUUCGAGCCUUUCUGGCGAGAAGGGCUUUAAGAGCGUUGAAGGGAUUGGUGAGACUACAAGCCCUUGUUAGAGGACACGUUGUGAGAAAACAAGCAGCUGUGACGCUUCGGUGCAUGCAAGCGUUGGUAAGAGUCCAGGCUCGUGUACGUGCAAGACGUGUUCGUCUCUCCUUGGAAACUGAAACGGGUCAGCAGACGCUACAACAGCAAGUAACAGAUGAAUCCCGGGUUCGAGAAAUAGAGGAAGGUUGGUGUGAUAGCAUUGGAUCUGUUGAGCAAAUCCAAGCAAAGCUGAUAAAGAGGCAGGAAGCUGCAGCUAAGCGUGAGAGGGCUAUGGCUUAUGCUUUGACUCACCAGUGGCAAGCAGGAACUAGGCAGCUGUCUGCGCACAGUGGAUUUCAACCUGACAAAAACAACUGGGGAUGGAACUGGCUGGAGAGAUGGAUGGCUGUUCGUCCAUGGGAGAAUCGGUUUCUUGACAGUAGUAACCUCAGAGAAGAUGUAAACUUAAACAAUAUGGAGCAGUCUGAGAGUGUGCAUAAAACACAGAUGAAAAGUGCAAGCAGGAUGCCAAACACUUCAACUCUUGUAUCCGGUGUUUCGAGUGGCAAGGCAACAAGGCCAUCUCUGUCUGAUAAUGAUUCUUCUUCACCUGGAAGCAUUCCAGUGGUAUCCAAGGCUAGGUCAAAGCUUGUUAAAGACGACCUUGCUGUUGAAGUUAACUCAAGAAGACAUGGUGCUGGUCCAAGAUCUCACAGCAAUCCAAAGGAACGGUUAUCUCUACCAAACAGUGGAAAAUCCUUAGGAUCACGGUCAGGUAAAGCCAUCAUCGGAGCAGGAAAACUCACGCAAGCAUCUGCGCAAAACCAGAGAAGACGCAACUCAGACCCAAUAAAACAAAGGCUUCUUGCAUAGCCCCAAAUCCCUCUCCCAUCGUUUCUGUACAUACACAGCUUCUGAGACACAAUCAUGGGAGAACAGAAUGGGUUUCAGACUAGAGAGAGUUGCUUUGGUACAUUGUCUGGUGUUCAUUGUUGUCUGUUAUUUAUGUUAGCCAUCCUUUUUGUCCAUGAUUCUCUGUGGAUUCCUUAUAUGGAUUGGUGGUAAGUAGUUUAUUAUUCAAGUAAGGCAUGUGGGGUAUAAUUUUGUGAAACAAUUCUUUUGUUGAAAUAACGGACCAUGCUGCUCAUGGCCCUCCCAAUGUGAUUGUAUAUAUAGUACGUUAUUUUUUGUAUAAUUUUUUAUUUAAAAA